AUGCAUGAUCUGGAAGUGGAAUACGAAAUGGCACGACUAUCACUAGAUGAGCAGCUCCUGCAUGCCCAACAGCUACGGACAGAUGCGAAAGCAUCGCGUGUUCAACCCACUCCAUUAACCCAGUAUAUCAUCAAAGAAAUGGACGCUAAAGCCCAACGAAAAGCUGAACGACGACGUACAGUACGAUCAGGUUUCGAUCGUUACGACAUUCCGAAUGCAGAGCGAAAAGGUGGUGUUAUUGAGGUGAAGAAUAGUUCACGCGGGUGGGGUCUGCGAUCUUCACGCACAACUGCUGACGAGAAAGGGCGUACGUCAGAAAGUGCGAGAAAGGAUACAGCAAAAGAGUCAUCGCUGAAGGAUGACCAGGCGGAAGCGGCUGAUCAUCUUGCCAGGCUCUUUGCGAAUGCAAAAAAAGUGCCGGCAGCUGUGGAAAAGAAGCCUUCGUCUGGCAAGCCUGACAAAGGACCGCCAACGAGGAACCGAAGGGAACGUGGGAAAGGAAAACCCGAGUCGACGGCUCAUGCGAAGGCUGAUGAAGGUGAAAAACCUUCUGAUUCGCGCCCUACCGACGAGAAUUCUGAAGCGAAACCAACGAUGCGGCUGGAUUUACCGCUCAAAAGAGGACUGCCACCAAAACGAGAUCCAGUGGAACGCCAGAAGAAGAAAGAAGGACCAUCACGCCCCAUUAAAAAGCCAUCGGAACGUUUGUUGGCGGCUGUUGCAGCGGCAACAGCUUCAAGCAGGGCGAAUACCACUUCGUCAGGCGACGCGAAGCAAUCGAAAAAGUACUCGGAGCGGAUUCGGCGUAAAGGUACAGAAGAACAAGCGAAAGAUGCGAAAGAUGACAAGGAGUCUCCGGCGCAGUCCAACGCAACUUAG